UAGGGAGGAAGCGGGAAGGCUAGCCAGGGCCGGCAUGGCGGGCAGCUGGGCGAUGGCGCUGGGCUUGGGGCUCUGCCUCGCCGCGCUGCACCGCGGAGGCUGCCACCCCCCCGGCACAGCCGCGGCACCCCAAACUGCAGCUGCGCUGCGGGACAAUUUCCGCCUGCACCCGGGAGAUUUGGUGGCCACGGCCGGGCAAGCGUUGGAGCUGGAUUGCGUCCCCCCCUCGGGGCACCCCGAACCCCGUGUCACCUGGAAGAAGGACGGGGUGACCUUGGACUUGACUGGUGACCGGUACGUGGUCACCAACGGGAAAUUACGGGUGGCACCGGCGCGACGGAGCGACUCCGGGCUCUACGUCUGCGUGGCGGCCAACGCGGCGGGCGAGAGGGAGAGCCGGGGUGCCCACGUCUCCGUCCUGGAGAAACCGACCAUCGUGCGGCGCCCGAGUGACACUGUGGUGGUGGCCGGCAGUGCCGUGGAGCUGGGCUGCGGCGCCCAAGGUGACCCAGCGCCGCGGGUGCAGUGGCACAAGGAACGCGGGGACCUGCCCUGGGGCAGGCAUGAGGUGGACCGGGAGAACACGUUGCGCCUCUACGCUGUGACGCCCGCUGACGCCGGCACCUACGUGUGUACAGCACAGAGCCAGCUGGGCACCGCCGCCGCCACCGCGCGCCUCCAUGUGGAGGACCGGCUGCCGACGGGCCGGUGGGAGGCUGCGCCACAGGACCUGCUGGCCGUGCGGCUGCACCUGGACAACGGCACCACGCUGCCCGCUGCCGCCGUCCAGCUCCGCUGGCGGAUGCUGACGCCGGCGCCGGUGCCAGAGGGCUACGUGGUGCUGUACCGCUGCCUGCUCCCUGCCAGCACCUCCUGGGUCCAGCACGACGCGGGUGAGUUGCUCAGCACCGUCAUCCCCGCGCUCCGCAGGGGCUACAAGUAUGAGUUCAAGGUCCGACCCUACGCUGGAGGAACCCAGGGCUUGGACAGCAACAGCAGGCACCUCUGGAUACCUGAGGAAGUGCCAAGCGCGGCGCCUCAGCACGUCACCGUGGGCCAGGCUGAGAUGGGGAACGGCACCGUGGUUGUGAGCUGGGAGCCACCUCCUCCUGAAGCCCACAAUGGCAUCAUCCGGGGCUACAAGGUCUGGUCAAUGGGCGAGGGCUGGCAGCACCCCACCAACAGGACGGUGGAUGGAGGCACCCGUCACCUGGAAACCCUCCUCCCAGGCCCCGGGGCCGAAUUCUGCGUCCGGGUGGCAGCUUUCAACAGCGCAGGGCUGGGGGUGCCCAGCAACGCCACCUGCGGCAUCCUGGGGCUGACGGCGGGGAGCACUGGGGUGGCACAGGUGCUGCGGCAGCCCGCCGUCAUCGCGGCCGCCGGCUCGCUGCUCUGGUUGGCCUUGCUCGCCCUCCUCCUCCUCCUCUGCCAGCGCCGCGCCAGCCAGGACGCCGUGGCUCGCCGCAGGCUGGUGGCUAGUGACUCGCCGUGGCUCGGUGGCCCCUGGAAACCUGGCUGUGACCCCCGAAACCUCAGCAGCAGCAGCAGCCUCAGCAGCCGGCUCCUGGGCAGCGAUGGCAGGGACCCCCACCCCUCCACCCUGUCCCUGGAGUCCCCGAGCCUCGGCCCCCCCACGCCCCCCAACCGCAGCAGCCUCCGUGGGGGGCACCCACCGCCCCUUGGGGACACCGGGUGUUGUGGUGGGGGGCACCCCGGGGUGCGCACCUCACCCAGCACCCCCAACCCGGCACCCUGGGAGCGCGUCCACAAGAGAGAGCUGCACCAAGUGCACAGCACCCCGGUGAUCACGGGUGGCCCCGGCCCCGUCACCGGGGGCAGAGGUGAGUGGGGGACAGGUUUUGGGCUGUCAGCCGGGUGGCCGCAGCAGAGGGGAUGUGACGGUGACACCGACACCACCGCGCUGGAUGGGGGGGACCCACGGCGGCUGCCGGUCUUCAGCUCCCCAAAACCCCGGCGGGGCAGCGCCUCGCUGACCUCCGCUGUCACCGGGUCACCAGUGACACCCCCGAGGCCACCCCACGCCUGGCACCCGCCGGUGACCAGGUCCCCAGCCACCGCCUGCCCCAGGGUCACCGAGAGCCCCAGGGACGUGUCACAGGUCACCAGGUGCCCCAAGGACGUGUGUUCGGUCAACGGGAUCCCCAGGGAGAUGUCCCCAGUCACCAGGCGCCCCAAGGACAUGUCCUCGGUCAAUGGGAUCCCCGGAGAUGUGUCCCUGGUCACCAGGUGCCCCAAGGACAUGUCCUUGGUCAAUGGGAUCCCCAGGGAGAUGUCCCCAGUCACCAUGCACCCCAAGGACCCAUCACCAGCCACCAGGCACCAGAGGGACACAAUCUCAGUCACCAGGCACCCUGAGGACACAUCCCUGGUCACCAGGCGCCCCAGGGACAUGUCCCCAGUCCCCAGUCACCCUGAGGAGAUGUCCCCGGUCACCAGUCACUGCAGGGACAGGUUCCUGGGCAGCAGGUACCCCAAGGACAUGUCCCCAACCACCAGGCGCCCCAGGGACCCAUCACCGGUGACGAAGCACCAGAGGGACAUGUCACUGGCCACCAGGCACCCCAAAGACACGUCCCCAGCCAGUGGGCACCCAAGGGACAUGUCCCCAGUCACCAGGAUCCCCAAGGAGAAGUCCCCAGCCACCAGAUACCCAAAAGACAUGUCACCGGUCACCAGGUACCCAAAGGACACAUCCCGAGAUGCCAGGCACCCCAGGGACAUGUCCCCCAUCACCAGGCACCCUGAGGAGAUGUCCCCAGUCACCGGUCACUGCCAGGACACAUUCUUGGUCACCAGGUACCCUGAGGACGUGUCAUCAGCCACUGGGCACCCAAGGGACACAUCCCCAGUCACCAGGCACCCCGAAGAGACGUCCCCAGUCACUGGUCACUGCAGGGACAUGUUCUUGGGCAACAGGUACCCCAAGGACACGUCCCCGGCCACCAGGCACCCAAGGGACAGGUCCCUGCUCCCUGGUCGCCUCUCGCCGGUGCUCAGCGAAGGGGUCCUCACACCACAGCGGGUGGCCGAGGACCUGGAGAUGGACCAGGACACCAUCUGCCCCAGCCCCCCGGCACCGACCACGCCACGGUCCUUCUCGCCGCUGCACACCUAUGGCUACAUCUACGGGCCACCAGCCUCCGAGCUGGGUGAGGAGGAGGAAGAGGAGGAGGAGGAGGAAGAGCGGCCAGCAACGAGGGGCUCCCCAGGGGGGUCGCUGCUGAAUGGCUGGGGGUCCGUCUCGGAGGACAACUUCGCCAGCGCCCGCUGCAGUUUGGUGAGCUCCUGUGAUGGCUCCUUCCUCCUGGAUGCCAGCUUCGCCCGGGCGCUGGCCGUGGCCGUCGAUGGCCUCUGCUUCAGCCUCGAGGACACCGAUGGGGGCUACGGGGCAGGUCCCUCACCACCACCAUCACCCUUGGACGGGGUCUUCUCACCUGGGGUCCCCAUCCCCGCCUGGGACUGGGGGACAGCACUGGGGGUCCCACAGAGAGCAGGGACGGAGGCAGCCGUGGGCAUCCCGCAGCACGGUGGCUGCGGGACGGGGGGUGGCAGCCCCCGGGCCAGGGUGGGCAGCGAGCGGGGGACAGGAGGGACAGGAGCGCAGCGGUCCCCAGGGCGUAGGACGCAGCAAGGCCAGAGUGCCCUCGGCUCGGCUAAAAUCCAGCUUUAUUAAGCGGUUCCCCAAAAAGGGGCCCUUUCCUAGCAAAAGCCACCCCCAUAGGGUGGGUGGCACCACGGUGGGCAGGUGUCCCUCCUUCUCGAGUGUCCUUGUCUUCCCUCAGUGUCCUCAUCCCUCCCCAGUGUCCCCACCCCUCCUCAGCAUCCUCAUCCCUCCCCAAAUUGCUCACCCAUCCCCACCGUCCUCAUCCUCCCCAGAUGUCCUCAUCCCUCCCCAGUGUCCUCCUCCUUCCCCAGAUCCUUGUCCCCCAACCAUCCUCAUCCAGCCCAAGCACCAUUGUCCAUCCCAAGUGUCCUUCUCCUUCCCCAGGGCCAUUGUCCCCUGACUGUCCUCAUCCCCGCUGACCGUUCUCAUUUCUUCUGACUGUCCUUGUCCUUCCUCAACGUCCAUGUCCUUCCUCAGCAUCUUUGUCCCACCUCGACCAUCCGUGGCCCUCCCAAGUGUCCUCAUCCCUCCCAAGCCACCUUGUCCUUCCUGAAUGUCCUUGCGCCCCUCCCCGAGUGUCCUCGUCCCUCCUAACCCUCCUCAUCCCCAGGGUCCUCCUCCCUCCUGAGCAUCCUCAUCCUGCCCCACUGUCCUUGUCCCCCCGCAAGUCUCCUCAUCCCUCUCCACCAUCCUCAUCCCCAUCCUCUUCGUCCCUCCCUACUGUCCUUGUCCCUCCCGGGCAACCUCGUCCUUCCCCGGUGUCCUCAUCCCCCUAACCAUCCUUGUCCCCCAACCUUCCUUGUCCCUCCCCAGCACCCUCAUCCCACCACAGUGUCCCUCCCACGUCUGCUCGCCCCCCAACUGUUCUCAUCCCUUCCAACCCUCCUCACCCCCCCCAGCUCUCCUUGUCCCUCCUCAGCAUUCUCAUCCCUCCCAACUGUCCUUGUCCCCAGGGUCCUUGCCCCACCUGAGCCUCCUCCUCAUCCCUCCCCAGCGUCCUUGUCCCUCCUGAGUAUCCUUGUCCCUCCAAUUGUCCUUGUCCCCAGCGUCCUCAUCCCUUCCUGAGCAUCCUCAUCCCUCCCGAGCAUCCUCGUCCCUCCCAACUGUCCUUGUCCCCAGGGUCCUCAUCCCUCCCGAGCAUCCUCGUCCCUCCCAACUGUCCU